CUUAACUAAAAAUAAAUGCCAUUAUCUUGUUCCCUCUGGUCUUCAGUUAGUUUCACCUGUGAAGCUGACAGAAAAUGGAGAUCCAACCACAACGAUGUCACUCCAACAUGUAUACCUGUCUGUGGCUAGCCCACAAAACACAUCUCUGCCUAUCAGAGGAUCUUUGGAGGCAGUGAAGCUCCAGACAAUACCAUCCCCUGGCAAGUGUUAUUGAGUAUAGAUGGACAAAGAGCAGGAGGCAUGGUGAUUGCAGACCGCUGGAUUAUGACCGCAGCUCAUGUCCUAACACAUAAUGGAAAUACAGCAUCACACGAGACUGUACGGGUUUACAUGGGACUUACUGAUGUUAAAACCCUGACGGACUCUCCUGCGUUUGCUGCCUCAGUCCACAUUCACCCCAAAUACAACAACCCCAACGGCUUAGACUACAACAAUGACAUUGCCUUGAUCAAACUGCAAGACCCAAUCACAUUCAAAUCAUCCAUUAUGCCAAUAUGUUUGCCAGCAGAGGGUGCCACAUACGUCACUGGCAUGAUGGGACUGGUGUCAGGCUUUGGCAUUACAGAAACAGCCGACAGCCGACGGAUUUUAACAAAUAAGCUGAAGUUCGUGCAGCUCCCUGUGGUGGAGCAGGAGACAUGCAGUAAUUCAAUCACUGUGGCGAAGAGGACAAAGGACAACGUACCAACAAAUAACAUGUUUUGUGCUGGAGUCCCUGAAGGUGGGAAGGACUCCUGCCAAGGUGACAGUGGAGGCCCCUUCACCCUAAGUGAAGACGGAUGGUUCUGGGCUGCUGGGAUUGUCAGCUGGGGGGUUGACUGCGGACAGCAGGGAAAAUAUGGCGUCUAUACCAGAGUCACUAACUACAUGGACUGGAUCAACAAGACUAUGCAGGAGAACUGAAUUUACUAUAUUUCA